AUGGUACGUUUUAUAGAUGGAUUUAAACAUUUAUUAAAUAUCUCAUUUAUUUCACAAGGUUCAUUAUAUAAUCAGCCUCAAAGUUUUCGUUAUAAUCCUAAUUUAAUGAUUUUAAGAACUAAUCGAAUUACAUAUAGUAUUUUAACAUGUAGAAUUUAUUAUUUACCCGCAACAUCAUCAAAACUUCGGCAACAAAAUAUUGAAAAUGAUGAUGAAGAUAAUAAUAACGAUGCAAAUGAUUCAAAUAUGAAAGAAAAUUUCCUUGAAUUUAAAUUUGAAUCUCAUCGACAAGCUCAAUCACAAGGUCCAAAACUGAUACUGUUAAACAACAUGAUUAAUUAG